AUGUCCAGCGAGAUCCCUGUCGACCAGUUGGCUGGUCUCAACCUCGUCGACGUCCCAGAUUUCUCCAAUCCCAUCACCGAGGCCGAGCUGGCCGAGUUCAACGCGUGGACCAACGAGAUCUUUGAUACCCCAAUGGACUCGACACAAGGCACUCCCCUCGCCUCUGUGAUCGACGUCCGCCCUGCCGCCUCAGUGCUCGACGUCCGCCCUUCCGCGGCAGUGCUCGAGGUCCGACCCGGCUCCGCGGCACUAGACGUCAACCCCUCGGCUAGCCGAUACACCAGCUCCUCCGCCAGGCGGGGGCGAGGCAGAGUUCCGUCCUCCCACCCGUAUGCCCGAAGCCACAACGACCUCCUCGCAGACACCGACGCCCGUAUCGCGUGCGCCGUCGACUUUACGCGCAUCCGCCGCGCAAAGUGUAAGCACCACCCACAGCGCGCGCUGAACCCAGACCGCGACCCCGGCCCGCGGGGGUACUUCAAGAUCGCGCUCCGUGGGCUCGACGGCGAGAUGCAGCCGACCAGUGUCAGGGUGUGGGUCCGGCCCCGAACCGAUGCUGGGGACAUCAAGGCGUACUUGCGUGACUCGUUUGGAUACGAUCCCGACAUCGUUAGCCUCUCGCACAACGACGCUGCCCUGCAUGACGACGACUCGAUCCUCUCCCGUGGUAUCAAGAAGGGCGACCCGAUCAAUGUCAUGAUCACGAUCUCGGUCGGACCCACCUCCAUGCCUCCUGCAACAUCCGAUCGCUACACGGGUUUCGGCAGCCCACCCGCCGAGGAGUGGGCGUCAAUGCCUGGCCGCGGGGUGGCCGCGGUGGUCGGCCAGGUCCCAAAAUACAUCUAA